AUGAUUCGAAGGGAUAGAACAAAAGUCAAGCCGUACGAUAAAGCUGAGCCGAAGUCCUCAGGCUCCCAGGGACUGUUGGGCAGACUGCGUAGGAUUUUUUCACGCUCUCCCCAGCCAUCUCGCGAUGGCACCGCGGCCGAUGUUUCGAAUCUCUCAAAUGUUUCAAACCUCUCGGUGCUAAGUGACGCCAAUCCAAACAGAACGCUUUCUGAGUUUUUCAAAAGCAAGGGAGAUGCCCCUCUCAAUGACAUCGAGGUGGCGGGAGUGCUUUCUCUCAUCAACAAGGUGCACCAGCAGAAUCAAUCGCAACUUGAGACAUUUCGUCAUUCUCAGAAUGAGUCUCAGUUUUUGUCGUCCUCUGGGCUCAAACCUAACGAAAGUAGCUUCUUCAGCAAUCCGACCGUGCUGCGGCCUGCAUCUGUGAAGCCAACUGCCAAAGUGGACGUCCCUACAUAUACUCCUAGAGAGGAUAAGAUUACUCGGCAUCCGCAGCCAUUUCCAACGACAAUCAAGAAACGUGUGGUCCAAUACUCUAGCUUGCCCUCGCCUUACAGGAUGCGACUUGAGACCCCUGUGAAACCACGUGUGGAAAAAAGAGAAAUAAGGAGCAGGACUGCAAAUAAAGUACUGAGCAUAAUAGAAAACCCAGAGGCACUGGAAGACAAGGAGGACAACAGUCUGGACGAAGAAAAAAAUGCAGCCGCAAAUUUCAAGCCUAGUUCGUCUACUCCUGAACCACAGCCGCUUCCGAAGGAAAAGAAGGAGCUGAAGGGAGAGCCAGAGAUUAUAGAGAUCGAUUCGGAAGACGACGUGUCAGAGAAUGAGCCUGACCCUCAGCCUGACCCAGUGCAGCCAGUGCAACCAGAGCAAAAAGUGCAACAGCAGAAGCCUGAAGAGGACAAAGAUACAGCUGGUGCACCCCCUACGUCGUGGUCCCUUCCUACCGUUUCCCAAGGUGCCGAACCAGUGGAGCAAAAUAAACCAAAACUUGAAGAGCAGCCUGGAGACACACUUGUCGAGCGUGCCGUUGUCUCCAAGCCCGAGGCGGUUCCUGAAGUGAUACAAAAACCCACGUUCACCUUUAGACCAGCCGAAGCGAAGCCAUUCGUUCCUACCGUCCCGCCAAAGCCUUCAUCUUUGGAGAUUAUUGAGAAAUUCACAUUCCCAGAGGUUGAGACCCCAAGCUCGCCCGAGACGCCAUUCUUGCCCCUGCCACAGCCAACAGUUAUUGAUCGCUUCACUUUUCCAGAUGUCGAGAUGCUGGAUCCUGAUCAACUGAACAGCAUUAAUCCAGAAGCCGUCAAACUGUAUAGCUCUGUGUUCACGUUCUGA